CUACCAUCGGAGAUUUAGAUAUACAGGCAUUUUGCUCCAAGUGGGAUCCAGGCGUCAAGUCAGUAGUCUCCUGAGAAGGGUUAUCAAUCGGAAGUUCAGAAAAACCUAAAUUAGUUAAGUUUUGGCUUUCUGCCAGUGCUAUUUCGGCGGCCAAAUCCACCUCCAAAAGGUCUCUCUUUGAGCUAUGUGAAUAAGCCUUAAGAGGAAGGAACCAGUCCAAAGGGGUAGUUGCAGCUUGCCAGCUGUCCCUUUCGGUAUGCUGCUGUGAUAUAGUUGUAAAAAAGUUCGUUAUUUUUAGCUGCCCCUUUGGCUCUUUAAGUGGAUUUUUAGCUUGCCAAGAUGAUGGCGAUUCCAACUGGAACACUCCCCGUCUCCUCUUUUUCUUUCCCUUUUCAGGCAAGCUCUCUAAGGGAGGAGGGAAUUCGAGGGCUUUCCUCUCCUUCCUUGUUAGCACCAUUGUCUAACUUAAAAGCAUUCAGGGACAAUUACAGCAAGUCUCUUAGCUAUCAGACUAACUGAUAGUUUCCAGGGUUUCCAAGGACGCUGGCUAAAAUUGGCACUUAGCCACUGGAAAAUUCUCCGACAAUUAUUGUCUCCCAAAGUGGCUUACACUAAGAGAGAGAGUGAGAGAGGCCCUUGCAUCAAGCUUACAAAAUGAGAAAGAUAAGGCAUACAAAGGAAGAAGAGUGGAAGGAGAAAAUUAGAUCCUUGAGCUGGAUCAUCUGAUUCAUCAGAGAACUCACAUGCUAAGUUCUUCAAGUCCAUGGGACAGUUUUAUUUGGGUUUUUUUGCAAACACUAUAAGGUCUUUGAAGAUGUUUUGACUGGACUUGGAAAAAAUACCCAACCUACUUAAGAAGCAUGGAUUCAAACAGAAAAGCAGGAGAAACUGAAAGUGUGCCAGUGAUUAACCCUGCAACACAGAUUGCCCAGUUGCAGGCUCUGGCUUCUGAACUUAAAACUGGUUUCACUGAAGCAAUGCAGGAACUUUUGAGAAUUCAGCACGAGGAGUAUGCUCUCGAGGAGAAGGUCCAAAGCUGCCGGUGUGCAAUGGAAGAGAAAGUGGCAGAGAUGAAGAACUCUCUAAAUUGUUUCAAGGAGGAGCUCAAUGAUGCCAAGUCCAUGAUUGAAGAAAUCAGUGCCAAGCAAGAAGAGAUGCAACAGAAGAUUGAACAGCUGCAGCAAGAGAAGCGGAAAGAAUCUCGAAAGCUGAAAGCUAAACGAAUACAGAAGGAGGAGCAUGGGUCACAAACAGUGCCCACACCUCUACAAGGAAGUCCCUUUCGAUCAGUGAACCUUCCAGAGCCAGUUUUAAUUAAUGAAGAUUUUGUAAAGAUGUUGCAUAAUGCAACUUAUGAGAAAGUCUCCGACUGCAGACCCACGGCACUAGGAAAAGGCAACUUGAAAGGGCUAACAGGUACUACCCUGGAGACAGAAGACAGCCUCAGAGCUUCCUCGUCUGCUGAUACUCAGUCAAAGGGCCAGUCAUCAUCCACAGUGUGGAAACAGCCCAAGGAGAAGAAAGAGUGGAGUGAUGAACAUAUUUCAAAGGAUCAGUGUGACAGGCAGAAGGAUGUUGGUCCAAGCAGAUAUCGCUCGACGGAGAAUAUCCUGCAGGACCCUUCUGUUGCAGCUAAAAGGCAGAAUAUUGCUUUGGACUUACUCGAGUCGGAAAAGAAGUACGUUGUUAAUCUCUCCCUCGUCCUCAAAAUUAAAGCCACAUUGCAAGGACCAGAAGCGAAGAGGAACACCAAGGAGAGAAGUUUUGUCCCCAACUCUUUGCGGUACUUGGUGCAGCAGCAUGCCGACUUACUUCAGGCCCUGCAGGAAAGACUGCUGAGCUGGCCCCAGCAGGGAAUCGUGGGAGACAUCUUCCUCAAGCUGACCAAUGAUGAGAACAGUUUUUUGGACUACUACGUUGCUUAUUUGAGGGAUUUGCCUGAGUGCAUCUCAUUGAUCCAUGUGGUGAUUCUGAAAGAGCAGAUUGAGGAAGAGAUUAAGGCUGACAUUUACAUAUUCUUCUUUCAUAUUGUCCAGCGUAUUCCUGAAUACCUGCUUCAUUUACAGAAUAUCCUGAAGUACACAGAGCAAGAGCACCCUGAUUACUACCUUCUCCUUGUCUGUGUCCAGCGUCUGCGAGUUUUCAUCUCGCACUAUAGCCUUCUCUUCCAGUGCAAUGAAGACCUACUGAUACAGAAGCGAAAGAAGCUAAGAACAUUUUCCUUCAUAAAGUUAUACAGAGGUCUAGCCUCUCAGUGCAUGAGCAUCAGCCAAGACGUGUUUCCAACCCUCAGUGCUACUUCCAUCCGUGACAGCGGGAUUUAUGCUGGAGAGGCGAUGCAGCCGCCUUCGGGAACAACAGCUAUGCACUUGAUGUCGCACAUGGAAAAGAGCCAACAACAACGGCUGGAGAGUGUCCAGGGAGCACCACCUUGUGAGUGGGAAACUGAUGGAAGGCGGCACAACAGGCCAGAGAACUCCCUGGCUCCAUCUCAGUUCAGCGAACAGGAUUUGAAGGCCCUAGUGGCUUCGCUGCAGGCUCUCCCAGCCUUGGAGUACGAUUCCUCAUCUGACCUCAAAGGAAACCUUGAGCAGUCUCGGAGAGCCUCGACAAAGCUUCUGCAGGACCGCACAAAUUUUGCUCCUGAUUACGAAGACUUUGAAUACAGAGGGGAGAUAUAUACCAUGGCUGGCCCCUACCAGGAGGAGACCAUCUUUGAGACAUGCUCUCUGGCUUCUUCUGAGUCCAGCAUUGACAUCUGCUUCUUGAGGCCUGUGAAUUUCACAACAGAGCUGGAAAGGACAGAGCAGACUGUACAGCCGCUCCCCAAGAGUGCUGCUUCUGCCAGCGGUGGCAGCAGCAGCAGCACCUACAAGCGUGAGGUUUUCCAGAGCAAAGGCAAACAGCUGAGCCGGUCAUUGAAAGAGUUUCCCCACAGCGGGACAGAAGGCAUCACCAGCACCAGGCUGUACAGCACCCGGAGCAGCAGCAGCAGCCGGCUGCCAAGCAAACCUGAGCGGGGUUUCCAGUCCCAUGGGGUCUCUGCCACCUCCAGGAGCUCCCAGUGGAACUACUUUCCUCCCCAGAGAGGAGUGGGGGACAAGCAAAGCUUUCUGGAAGAGAUGCAUUUAGAAGACAACACCAGAUUCACUCAUAGGGAUGACAAUGAGCAAACAUCUUUCAGCAACCAUGUUCCCAGGCAAGAACAGAGAGGGGGCUUCCGUAGUUCCUUCCGCAAGCUCUUCAAAAAGAAAUGACACCUCCAAGGGAAAGGAUUACUGUUUCAGCAUCUCCCCUGGACUCUGCUUUGAGCCCCAUAUAAUCCAGUGAUUUUCCUUUAAGCCAUGUUUAAGUUCAAGGGCUGAAACCACAGACAGGUGAUUGGUAGUAUAAAAAUUUUUUCAAUGAAAGAUUCCAGUCGUUUGGCACCAGAAAAGAAGAAAUUGCCAGCUGCUGUUUUCAAGAGCUGUUAUUUUAUCUUCACUUAUUUUGCCACUCACGCAACACUUCACAGUUUUGGAAGAACAUGAUACGAGAUUGAUGUACAUGAUGCCCCAGUUUUUCCAAAUUGUUAUCAGGACAUUCUGCAUACAAAACCCACAGAGAUGUGGGAUUGCACAGCUUUUGCCAUGUUUAUUAAAACUGGGCAGACUUUAGGCGCUGUGUACUGAUGCCUUGUGGGCCACCAGAUGACCAUCUCUGGUAGACACCAUGGAGCUGUGAAUAGUGUGUGAACCAUCUAGUCCAGCAGUGGGAAACCUUGACCUACAAACAAGUCCUAGAUCACCAUUGUACCCACCCCUCUAAUGACUUGUAAUUAGUUAGCAACAUGUGGGAAACCUGUUGCAUGGUUUUAGAUGGAUCUGGCUGCCAUCUCUAGGACAGCUCAGAUUUAAGAGUAGCCUAGGAAGUAUGUGUGGCACUUUAUGGUUCAUGCAAUAAUUGAUUUACAACUUAGUCUGUUUCAAUGAUGCAAUGUUAUUUUGAAAAAAUACAAUUGUAUGAAUGCCAAAAGCUCAAAUCUUCCAUGUUUUCUCCCAAAAAUGUAAAACAGUGCUACACUAGAAUCUGAAAUUUUAAGCAGGUGUCACAGUGGAAUCAGUUCUAUUUUAAAAACAGUGGAGACUAUUCAGGAGAGGAAUGCCAGUAGUUUAGUGGUUUCUUAAGAGUCUAGGCACGUAUCUCAAGAAACAUUUCUUGUUUCAAAAAACUUGGCUGUAAUAGACAAAGCAUAUUGCUUGAGAAUACAACUACCUUGAACAAAUGCUACAGAGCAUCCAGGAACUUGUGCCUAAAAGCUGCUUCUCAUGUUUCAAUUUCUUUGGUUAUACUCCAGUUUGCAGCCAGAUAAACAUAUAAUUGGAAGGAAACCAUAGUUCUGUUAAUGUUCAGUUGUAUAUCACAGGUAUAUGUGUCUAUGGGUGUAGGAAACAACAUAGGAAACAAUCCAUGGGCUUCCUAUCCAAUGCAGAUGUUUAGGAAUGUAGUUUGUAAAACUAUCUGACAAGUACCAAGUUAAUAUGUGAUCACAAUAGGAUUGUAGCCGAUAUAGGGCCACCAAGAAACAAGAGGGAGGUGUCAGCAUGCAUUAGCCUGCACCUAGGAACUCUGAGGUCUGCAGUGCAGGGGUGGUGGUGGUAGGGAGAGAGAAAGCAUUUGCACAAUGCAGUGAGGCCUGAGCAUGCUUAAUAGCCAGGGAAUGUAAAGUGACCAUCUGAAAAGAAAAAGUGAACAUGGGGGGGGGGAGAGGGCAGCAAGGAAGAGUGGAAUGCCUGGUAUGAGGAAAUGGUUGGCUGAAACAAGAACACUUCUUUUCUUUUAGAUUACCCUGCUGCCAAGUAAUAUCAGAAACCACUAGAAGGCAUGGUUAUUCUCUGCUGUGAUCUCCAAGAAACUAAAGCAUGACUUGGGGGGGGGGGAUUUCCACAUAGAGAUUGUUAAGUACAGUAUUAAAAUAUUUCAGGUAAGUCUUGGCUCCUAUUAAUUACUGCCUUCAGAUGCCAGGCGGCACUACAGCCCACCCAAUGGCAUGCGGAAAUGGAAAUGGACUGCCUUCAAGUCGAUCCCAACUCAUGGCGACUCUAUGAAUAGGGUUUUCAUGGUAAGCGGUAUUCAGAGGGGGUUUACCAUUGCCUCCAGUGAUGUCCUUAUAUGUUAAAAACUGUAAAUAUGGUAAGUGCGGGUUUAUAUAGGGAUAUAUGGUAAGUGAAUUGAGUAAGAGGGGGGAGUACAUGGGCUAGAAUGUGGGGGAAUGUUGGAUGAUUAUUGGCUGAGGGUUUGAAUGGCUGAAGGUAUAAAUGAGAGGAUGACAGUUGAGUUGGAGAGGUUGGUUGGGGGGAGUUGAGAGGAGAGUGAUUGGAAAGGAGUUGAAGUGGGAGGCAGUUGGGAUUGAGUUGACAGAGUUCUGAGGGAGGUUUGGAUUUUAUUAGGCUGAUGAUAUUUGGACAGAAUAUAUAUAACUGGAAAUAUAAGAGUGACACUAUAUGA